AUGGGGCUGCUCACCGACCUUCGUGGUGACUUUUUAGACCGUAUUAUGCAAGAACAUGUUCUGGUUUUUGUAACUCCUGAUGUUGACGGUGUGUGUGCGUGGCGGAUCCUUCGGUUUAAUUAUGUGGUUCUUGUAAAUUGUGGUGCAAACUUCGAUAUCCUGAAAAUACUCGAAGCUCCUGCCCAGAGCAUAUUUUUCAUUUGUGACAGUCACCGGCCUAUUCAUGUCAACAACUACUACAACCAGAGGCAGGUUCAUCUAAUCACUCUAAACGAGAACACGGAAGACAUACCAAAAUUUGAAGACAUCUUCAAUGAUGAUACGAUGGACGAAGUGGAGAGCGAAAAUGAAGAAGGCAGUAGAAAUGUAGAGGACAAGGAGGGUCGUCAACGCAGUAACCUUCGGGCUGCGGAGAAACGAAUUAGCCGAAGAAAGUGGGAGCGUCGGAAAGAAGAAAUCUUGAUUGAGUACGAAAGCUUCUCCUACUACGCUGCAGCCUCUGCUGUGGUCCUUUUCGAUAUCGCUUGGAAACUCUGUCAGGACAACCUUGACCUUCUCUGGUGUGCAAUUGUGGGGCACGUAAGCCAGACUAUGUUGUUUAAAUCCAAUCGGGAGCACUACAUCGAACAGAUCGACACUCUUCACAGCCACGUGAACCGCUUGAGUCAUUCAAAAAACCCCAUCGCUGGGGACUCCGAUAGUUUCAGUCAAAGCAUUGACAUCAACUUUGAGGAGGAGCUUGCACUAUGGCUGUAUCGUCACUGGAGUUUGAAAGAUGCUCUCGAGACUACCAUACUUACAUCAACCCGUUUUAAACUCUUCACAGAGGGUGGUUACAAACGCUUACAGGAGUUCCUGGCUAGCAUAGGUCUAUCUCAUCGCGAUUGCUCUCAAAAGUAUUCCACAAUGAGCACUCAGAUAAAGGAUAACUUGAACUCUCUGUUUCUACAGUUUGGAGAAAAAUUUGGCAGUCUCACGCGGUCUGAGAUGUUCCUGCCAUCCUUCAUCCUGCGCCUCUCAUAUAAGACUCCUCUUUCAGCAAUGGACUCGUUUUGGUUAAUACUUGCAGCACUUGAGUGUCAACCCAAUAAGCAUCCUGUCGAAGGUUUUCACACUGCUGCGGAGAUUCUUGCUUCGUGGUCAAUGGAAUCCCUGGGGGACUGGAUGGAAAACCUGCAGGAUCAACUGCGAAAUCUUGUAGGACAGGUUCGAGCUGUCCUCGAUACUGAUGAAGUGGUUGCUUUUGGACCCUUCCUCUACGUAUACGUGGCUAAGAGUUCUCUCCUCUCAUUGAGCUUCCGAAACCCGCAAUUUGUUGGUAUCUUGGCGCGCUACAUCCUCACUGCAAAGGCAACCAUGCGUGUCAGACUGGGUAGGAACAGACGCACAGCCCAAAUGCCUCUGGUGUUGUGCCUGGACAGCAGAUACGAUGAAAACUAUAUCUUCGUCAUCGGAAUUCCUCCGCUACAAGGGGAUGAUGAUAGGAAGUUCGAUAAUGAACUUUGGUUAAUUGUAUUUAUUUUUCCCAGUUUAUUUGGUCAGGCUUUUGAUGCUUCUGUGAAACGAACAAAGGUGCGGGGCGAUUUCAGGCACUUUGACUCGAAUUGUGAGUUGUAA